AUGUCUUUAGAAUAAGAUCAAGCGUCUGAAGAUUUUCCUCUUGUGGCAUUCUAAGAGGAGUAUGGAGUAUUUGAUCCCUUUUUUAAUACUUUGAAGAAAUUUGGUUGGAAGCAGGCUUCAAUUGAUUAAUAAUGCCAAAAACUUGCAUCUUCUGGUGAAAUAAUGCUAUUUUUUAUCAAAGUCUAUGCUCUAUUGGCUGGAAUGCUUGUUUCUUUUUAUUUGAUGACUUUUAUAUUAUUGUUUACAAAGUCGUAGAAAUUAAAAGAAAAUGAGACUUUUAACUUCCAUUUUGCUCUUUAUUAUGGGAGCUUUGCUAUUACGAUAGCAUUAGGAAUAGCAGGAUAUGUCUUGGAUAAAACUAGGCAGUUUCCUUUAAAUUUGAUAUUUUACUUUACAUUCACGAUUGGAGCAGCCUAUAGUUUUGGUUAUCCUCUAUCAUUGUUGUUAUAGUAUGGCUACUAUUCUGGCGAAGAUUGGAUAAUCCUGUUAUAUUUUUUUACAAUGACUUUAGGAUGUUACGCAUGCUUAAUUUUAUUCUUAAUUAGAAGAUAGUCUUCAUUAAAUUCAAAUCGUAAUAAUUUCAUCAUUUAUUAAGUGAUCAUAUUCUCAAUUAUUGGUGUGAUGAUAUUUCUGUUAUUCAUAUUUAUCAUGACUGCUCCUUAUUAUGUUGGAGUAUUAAUUGCUUGCUUUUUUUGCCAUGUAAUCUAUGGAGGUCUGCUCAUAAUAGAUACAAAAUUGAUGAUAUCAGGAAAAUUUUCGCUUAAGACAAAUUAGUAUGUUUCUGGUGCUCUCUACUUGUACUUAGAUAUUACUGUCUUAAUUUUAUAUUUUAUUGGUUGUAUCAUAUAUACAAUUCUAAAGACGUUGUUGUAAUGUUUAGAGGAAUGUUGUAAGAAAUUGCCAGACUGCUUAAAAGCAUGUUGUUAGUGUUUGGCAGACUGCUGUUAAGGUUGCCAUUAAUGA